AUGGCUUCAUCGCAACCAGAAUCGGAAGCAGUACGUUAUGCCCUUGCUGGCGUGAGCUGCAUGUGUGCGGCAUUCGCAACCAAUCCUAUUGAUGUGGUUAAAAUUCGUAUGCAGUUGGAAGGAGAGUUAGCGGCACAGAAAGGAAAAGGUGUGGCUGUAUUAAAAAAUAGAUAUUAUGAUGGCUUUAUCAAAGGAGGUAUAAAAGUCGUUCAAGAUGAAGGCAUUAGAGGUCUUUAUAAAGGUGUUUUACCUUCAUUAUUAAGAGAAGGAACAUACAGUACUAUACGAAUAGGUGCCUACGAACCAAUAAAGGUGUGGUUGGGGGCAACAGAUCCAGCACAUACGCCAUUAUAUAAGAAAAUUUUAGCAGGUGCAACAUCAGGUGCUAUAGGAAGUUCUAUUGCGACUCCUACUGAUUUGAUUAAAGUACGAAUGCAGGCAGAAGGAAAACUUGUUUCUGGGCAAACAAAGCGAUAUAAUAAUACUUAUAGUGCAUUUGCUGAUAUUGCCAGACAUGAAGGACUGAGAGGACUUUAUCGUGGUGCUGGUCCAACUAUUAAUAGAGCUGCUAUUUUAACAGCUACUCAGGUUCCAUCUUAUGACCAUUCCAAACAUUUUAUAUUAAACACUGGAUUGAUGAAAGAAGGUCCGGUAUUACAUAUUGUGUCUUCAGUAUUCGCUGGUUUCAUGGCGGCCGUUACUACCUCACCUGUGGAUGUGAUCAAAACAAGGAUAAUGAGCCAACAAAUUAAAGGGAUUGCAAAGGGGGAACAUCGCUACAGAAAUUCCUUGGAUUGCUUCAUAAAAACAUUACAAUCAGAAGGUCUAUUUGGAUUUUAUAAAGGAUUUAUACCGAACUGGAUAAGAAUUGGUCCACAUACUAUCAUUAGCUUCUUUUUAUUUGAGUAUUUUAGGAAGCUAGUUGGCAUAAAACCAAUCUAG